UUGCUAGGUAACUGUGAUGUCAAUAUUAUUUUGUCUCCAUGAAAGUCGCUGGGAAAUUGGGUUUAAAUCAAGGGAAAUAGUGACCAUUCUGGAAUAUCACAGCUCAGGAAAGUUGUCUUUCAAUUAAUACAUAAAACCAAGAAUAUGGCAGCCGUUCUUCCACCCAAAGGUGAAGGAGGAACGUACACGUUUACUAGUCAGCCUCGAGCCGUCCAAGAAAGAAAAAAAUACAGAGAACCCGUUAUUCAACAGGAUGAAGUACCCCCACAGUAUGGCAAUAUUAUGUAUGAUAGACGUAUUGUUAGAGGUAAUACAUAUGCUCAACACACACUUCCAGCGACCGCACAACCUGAUCCAAUUGAGAUUCAGAGACAACAGGAAAACAGAAGGCGUGCCAUUGCCAGAAAAAGAGCCAAAGAUCAACUUCGACCUCGAUCACCUGAAGCAGUGGAAGGUAGAAAACAUAUUGAUGUUCAAACAGAAUUAUAUCUAGAGGAACUAAGUGAUAGAGUAGAAGAAGCUGAUGUUGAUUGUCAAACUGAUGCCUUCCUUGAUAGACCUCCUUCCCCACUCUUUAUCCCUGCUAAAACUGGUAUAGAUGUCACUACACAAAUCUUAGAGGGAGAAUUGUUUGAUUUUAAUAUUGAAGUAAAACCUAUCUUAGAAGUAUUAAUAGGUAAAACAGUAGAACAGAGUUUAUUAGAAGUCAUGGAAGAAGAGGAAUUAGCUAACUUGAGAUCACAACAGAGAGCAUUUGAAGAAUUGAGGAAUGCAGAAUUAGUUGAACAACAGAGGCUUGAAGAACAAGAAAGACGACACAGAGAAGAAAAGGAAAGAAGAAUGAAACAACAAAGAGAAGUUUUAAAGAAAGAAAAAGAAACCGCAGAAAAAAUUGCUGCUAGAGCUUUUGCUCAAAGUUAUUUAGCCGAUCUUGUACCCUCUGUAUUCGGUACCUUAGCAGAUAAUGGAUAUUUCUAUGAUCCAGUUGAGAGAGAUGUUGAGCAAGGAUUUAUGCCAUGGUUAAUGGAACAAGUUGAAAUACAAUUAGAAAAAUCACAACUUGGUCGACUUGUGUUAGAUGGUCUGAUCCGAGAAGUUAGCUCCAGUCGUUUUGAACUUUACAAUAAUUUAGAUGCCAAAUUGCUAGACACAAAGGGAACAUCAGCAACAGUGGAUUCACAGAAAGUUAAAAUAGAAGCUGAACCUUCUCCAGCCACUACUACAGGAGAAGCAGAAAAACCAGUUGAAGAGGUGCCAAAACCUGAGGAACCAGUAGAAUCUGCAGAGACAGAACAAACACAAGAGGAUGAGGGAGUAGAGGAUUAGGAACAUCCCCAAAUUUUAUCCCUUUAUAAACUUUUUUUUCGUCAUCCGCAGCAAUCAAGUUGCACAGAUUUUUUUCAAGCAUUCUCAUCUUUAAGUGUCUUAUGUGAAAAUAGUGAUUUGUGAAGUAUUCACUGAACUAUAAAUUAAUCAAAGUUCUGCCAUUAUCUUACAAAUACAGCAUUUUGAUAUCAAAAGUUUUUUUUUAUUCAGGGGUUUAAUUUCCCUUGAUACCCCAAUAUCAUUUGAACAUAAAAAUGUCCUUUUAAGUUUAACAAGCAUUAGCACAAUGCCACAUUAACCAUUUUCCAUAUUGUACAUAGUUUAAACUGAAAAUGGAUUAUUUAUGAACUGGAUACAUUUAAUUACUAUUUAAAUGUUUUAGCCAUUUUCAUUGUCAUGAUUAGAAUUUUUCAGUGGGUCAAAGCUGGGAGAUUUUUCAUGGCAUAUUGUCAAAAAUUCCCUGUGAAAUAUGCAAUUUUAAGUAUGUUUUAUAUAAAGAAUACAACAGAAAUAUUUGCAUCUUAGCUUGGGCUAUGGAUCUUGGAUAUGGCUAGUUUCAAAUGUAAAGUGGUGCCACCACUGAAUUCCUGGUGGGAUGGGGGGGGGGGCUAUGAACUGUGAUUUUCUCAAACAAUGACAUUGGUUUCAAAUGUUUAUUAUUAGGUAAAAUUUAUGUGGUAGUUUUAGGGAAGAAAUCCAAUGUAUUUCUUAAUAACUAUGUUAUUGUGGUGUAGAAUAUCUAUUGUAACUUAUUAUAUUGUAAAGAUUUCAAACAAAAUUAAAUUAUUUAUAUUGAUAUUAAAAAAAUAUUAUCACAUUA